GUGUAACCGCGUUGUAGUCGCUGUGCGGCACGGCCACACCGUGCACGGGGGUCUGUUCUGCGCGCUCGUCAUUGUGUCGUUACGCGUGUUCCGCGAUCACACUCGACUUUAACAAAAAAAAAAAAAAAAGCAAUAAAACGAUUUUCUUUUACGACCUAAUAAUUUCACGCACACCAUACCGUUCACUGUGCACAGUAUAAUAUUAUAUCACUGCCGUUUCGUUUUACGUUUUUGGUCCGAACGACGAACGUCCACAAUAUAAUAAAUUAACGCUCGAAUUUUCGAAUUAACAACAAUAAUUACUACUCUAUAGUCGUAUCGCGCCGCGAGCACUGUGCACACGUGGCCGUCACCGUGCUGGUGGUCGCGUGCUGGCGGUCCGUUGUACGAAUGUUUUGCCGCCGCCGCUGCCGCCAACUGCAGCUUAUACGUUCACGCAACACGUUCGUUUGGCGUUUGGAUAGUUAGCUAACGAUAUGGUUGAACAAUUGUUACAAGAACGAUGUGGUCGGCAGUUAUCUUCCUGUGUUCGGAUGAAUACCAGACUGGCUGGAGCGGAAUUCGAACUGAAUUGUGGAAAGAAACAAAGUUCCAGAAGAUCGACAGAACAGAGAGAAAGGGGCCAUGUACCAGGAAUGUUUGACAGAGAGGAUGUCGACUUAGAUUUAGAUCUGAAGUAUCAUCUUCAGACUUGUACAUGUUCUUGUAACCACAUGGGCUUUGGCAACUAUAUGGAUUAUUAUCAGACUGGAUAUCCUGACGCACAUCAAACGUCUAGGCCGUCAACUUCCGGGAACGUCAGAAGAGAAGGAUUAUGUAACGGACAGGUUCACAGUAGCAGAGAGUAUGAAUCUCCCGAAAGUUCAGUUACGUCAGAUAGAGACCGACAAAGAACUGUAUAUGAAAUACAAGUUCGUCCGUGUGCUGGUAUUGUAUUGGUAAUAAUUGGUUUUGUCGUGUUGCUCAUAUGGAUUGCUCUGCCCAGCUCGUCCGAGGCACCUGUUAGUUUUUCAUCUCAUCGAGAAGAAACUUUUGAAGUGGUCCGACGAAUUCUUGAAGAAGUGCCAUUAAUAGAUGGGCACAACGAUCUCCCGUGGAAUAUUCGUAAGUUCGUACACAAUCAGCUGAUGUAUUUCAACUUCUCUGCGGAUUUGACGACCGUAGAACCGUGGUCGAAGAGUAAUUGGUCGCAAACCGAUUUACCGCGGCUCAGGAAGGGCAUGGUUGGCGCUCAAUUUUGGUCAGCAUAUGUGCCCUGUGGCAGAAAGCACCUGGACGGUGUCCAAACUACAAUGGAACAAAUUGACGUCAUUAGGAGGUUGGCUGAAACCUAUUCCAGUGAUUUACAGCUCGUAACAUCGGUAAAAGGAAUACGAGAGGCACAUAAAGUAAGAAAAAUUGCUAGUCUAAUUGGCGUCGAAGGUGGUCAUUCACUGGGUAAUUCACUAGCAGUGCUCAGGAUUUUCCAUAGCCUUGGUGCCCGAUAUUUAACGUUAACGCAUACUUGCGAUACACUGUGGGCUGGCUGUUGUUCCGGCUUAGAUUCACCAGAGAAUGAACAUCAAGGGUUAUCUCCAUUUGGUUUGCUAGUACUCAGAGAAUUGAAUCGACUUGGAAUGAUGGUUGACCUUAGUCACACGUCUGUCAAAACAAUGGAAGACGCACUUAACUAUACUUUAGCACCUGUAAUCUUCUCACAUUCAUGUGCGUAUUCGUUAUGCACUUCAUUGAGAAAUGUUCCUGAUCACGUGCUCAAACUAGUGGCCUUAAACGACGGUAUAGUUAUGGUGAGCUUCUAUUCAUAUUUUAUAAGCUGUAAUUCUACAUCAACAUUGGAACAAGUUAUUGCUCAUAUUAACCACAUCAAAAACGUAGCAGGAGAGGACCAUGUCGGCCUGGGUGCUGGUUACGACGGAAUUAAUCACACUACGAAAGGACUUGAAGACGUAUCACAUUAUCCUCAGCUAUUAACAUCAUUAAUGAGUAAUCAUUCGUGGACUGAGGAACAAAUAAAGAAACUUGCAGGCAACAAUUUACUGAGAGUCUUUUCAAAAGUAGAGAAGGUUAGAGACGAAUGGAAAGAAGAUGGAAUGAAACCAGUUGAAGACAUUUUAAUGCCAUUGAACAAAGAACCUUUGUUACCCAACUGCACAGAAGGAUAUAAUAUGACUUGAUGUUAUUAAAUAUAUUUAUUUUAGCAGUAGUACCUACGGUAAAAGUGAAAAUUUUCCGUCGGCCAAACGGAAUCCGAAGCGCAUUGGUGUCUAGAGGCCCAAUUAUAACAUAGUUGGGAUAUGUUUAGUUUCAUUUGUAUGUAUUUUUACAUUGACACUAAAAAUUAAUAACAACAUAGCUACUUCUAAACUUACAUUUUUUUUUUCAAA